CUUGGUUAUCGGUUCAGCGCGUCUCCCUAACGCCCACCUCCUCUUGUCACCUCCCACUCAGCCGCCUCGCUCCAGUCCCGCCGCCGCAGCCACCGCCAUCCGAGAGCUUAAGAGAGCGAACCCCGACUCGGCAUUUGGGGGGCUCGGCUCCGGCAGCAGCAUGGACACCAAGCGCUGCUUCACCAACCACUUCGAUGACUAUCAGGGCAGCCCGCUGGGGGGUCAGUGCGAGGAAGCGGUGGCGCCCUUGGUCACCGCCACCAUCGAGCGCAUCCUUCAGGAACUGCCCCCUCUCGAGGGCGGCGCUGACGCCCAAGGGGAGGCGGCCGCGCCCCCCUGCUGCCAGGGGGGUCUGUACAGCAGCGUGGCGGGGGUAGCCUAUAUGCUCUACCACGUCUCUCAGAGCCCACUCUUUGCCGCGGCCCGGGAGCGCUACCUGCGCUCGGCCAAGCGCCUCAUAGACGCGUGCGCCCGCGCUGAGGAGUGGGGCGAGCCGGACGCCGACACCCGCGCCGCCUUCCUGCUCGGGGGCGCGGGCGUGUACGCUGUGGCCACUCUCGUCUACCACGCCCUGGGCCGCUCCGACUACGUGCAGCCGCUGAACAAGUUCCGAGCCCUGAGCGCCGUCUGUGCGCCCGUCUCCUUCCUCGAGUGCGGCUCGGACGAGCUGUUCGUGGGCCGCGCGGGCUACCUGUGCGCAGCGCUGGUGCUUAAGCAGAAACUCGCCGAGGAGGUGCUGACCUCAGCACAGAUCAAAUCAAUUUGCCAGGCAAUUCUGGACUCAGGGAAGCAGUAUGCCAUCAAAAAGAGGAAGCCGUUUCCCCUGAUGUAUUCUUACUAUGGAACUGAAUACUUGGGAGCAGCUCAUGGUCUGUCAUCCAUUCUCCAGAUGCUUCUCUCUUACCAUGAGCACCUCAAGCCAUCAGAUCAAGAGCUGGUAUGGCAGAGUGUGGACUUCCUCAUGGAGCAGGAACAGAACUGCAACUGGCCACCUGAGCUGGGAGAGGCCAUCGAGAGAGAGAACGAGCUGGUGCACUGGUGCCACGGCGCCCCAGGAAUUGCCUAUCUGUUUGCCAAAGCUUAUCUGGUUUCCAAGAAACCGCAGUACUUGGAUACGUGUAUCCGGUGCGGAGAGCUCACAUGGCAGAAAGGCCUGCUGAAGAAAGGGCCAGGGAUUUGUCAUGGCGUAGCUGGCAGUGCCUAUGUCUUCCUGCUACUCUAUCGGCUCACUGGAAACUCUAAAUACAUCUACCGAGCCCAAAGGUUUGCUGAAUUUCUAUUUACCGAGGAAUUCAAGUCUGGUUCUCGGGUCCUGGAAAGUGUAUACAGCUUGUAUGAAGGCUUCUCUGGGAUGGUGUGCUUCCUGAUUGAUCUCCUGCACCCUAAUCAGGCUGAGUUCCCUCUCUUCAGCGUCUUUGUUUAGGAAGUUCCAUCUCCCACUGUGGCCCUGCAGAGGGUCCCUGAGAUUUCCUGAACCUACCCGAGGCAGUUUCCACAUAAACCACAUUUAAUGGUAUCACAGUCAUGAGCCUUAACAUUGCCACCUAAAAGAAGGAAGAGAGGGAAGGAGCAGGCAGGUGAAGCCAACAAGAUGCCAGACUUAAAGGAAAUUAGCUUGAGAACCUGCAAAGUAAUGACACCACAACUCUUCAUAAAACCAUAGAGAUGUAAUAUUUCAGAGAAUAGAUGGGAAAUCAGAGAUCUGAGGAAAAGGGGAAAGAGAAAUCAUCUGUUUUUCAGCAUAGAAAAUAAAAAACCUGAAAUCUAGACUCUGACAAUAAAAUGUCAAUAUCUUUGCAAUUGGAGAGAAAUUCUGACUAUUAUUAGGUAGACUCUACUCCUAAAUUCAGAUAAUAAGGACAACCAAAACUUAAAUUGCCCAAAUGAAAGCUGCUAAGAGGAUGAACGGAUGGACAAAAGGGGAAUUUUGGUUGUCUUAUGCCUUUCCUUACUGAAAUUCAUGACUUUUACUGGAUGGGGAAAUUUGCAUAUGAAUCUCCUUUUGUCAUUACCCUAGGUACUUUAAAGACAUCAUACCAUAUCAUAACUUAGUUUAAACCCUACAUUUCAUUAGUUCUUGGAGCAUCUCUUUUCCUGUUUCCUAAAGCUCAAUUAGAAUACUAAAAUUCACAGAUUAGCAAACACUGUACCAAAAGUUGCUCUCAAGUGUUUUUCUCAACUUGACCUGUAAGCUGUGUGUUGUCUGUUGUUAAGUUUCUAAAAUGCCUAAGUAAUCUCUGUGAUACUAUUAGCUGAACUAUGAAAUAUACUCAUAAUAGGAAAUCACUCAUCUCAAAGAUCAGGAUAACUAUUUGCAAAGGUGUGUUAUUUCUGCCUUUGAUGGAAUAUUUUAUCUCCUGGUACAAGCAAACAGUAGCAGAGAAAGGGACCAGUGUUUGUGAAAAGAAUUUUGCUCAGUUUCAUACUAUUAAGAGAUCAGUGAAGUCACCUUACCUUCUAAGACACAAGCUCCACUAGAAAUUUGUACAAUACCCAGUGAGCCAAUUUAUUAUGUUAAAUUCACCCCUUCUGGAAACCCAUAGAUGUUUUUAGACUCUUCCAGGUAAAUAGUGGUUUGCAGAAUACUGGGGGAACAUUUGUUACUUUAGUACUCAGAAUAGGAAUUUAAUUCUGUCACUGAAUUUGAUCACUGGUGAUUUCAUAUAUCAGAAUGAGGAAGAAAUUACAUACUGUUUAAAUUUUAAUUAUUUAAAUAGUCAUUAAGUAUUUGCAUAAAUGUGAUAGGUGUUGAACAAAUACACAUUAUAUGUGUAAUAGGAGGCAUAUACAUAUAUUCUAUAUCUAUCCCCAUGUAAACUCAAACACUAAUUUAGUUUGAUAUUUCCAAACUUCUUGAUUAGUAGAUGAACUGUGGGAGAAAUUAGGGAAAGAUAUAUGUGUGUAGGUGUAUGUGCAUGUGUGUUGACCUGUAUGUGCAUGUGAUUAUGUAUUUGUGUGUCUGUGCUUGCUUUUCUGGGAAGACUAUCUUUAGACUAUCCAGAAGAUUCUCAAAGAAUCUGUUACUGAAGAAAGGCAACAACCAUUCUAUAUUUUAUGAGUGUUUAUGUACACACUCAUCAAAAGGAGGAAAAUUUGUUUUGAAAAGCAUGUCCUCUUAGCUUAUCAUUUAAUUGCAUAUCCUUGGAUACAAAUAUAUAAAACUGACCUCAGUUGCUUAAUUUUGAAAAUAAUCUGAUAGGGUCAGCACCACUUUCCCAUGAUUCCUAAAAUGGGGUUCUAGAAGUUCUGUCUUGUAUAGCCAAGGACCUCUCAGAAAACCCAAGGCAAAAUGCUUUCUUACUAAGUAAUCUCCUGAAUCAGAGAGAUAGCUUACUAGGCAGGGCACAUGACUUAUGAUUCAUAAAGUCCAGAUUUGAGCCCUGACGCCACAUGGGAGCCCCACAACACUGGAGGAAGCUCUGGUGCUGUGGUGUUACUCCAGCUCUCUCUGUUUCUUUGAAUGAAAACGUUGGCAUGGGAGUGUUGAAAUUACGUGCAUGAAACCAAGGCUGUUUUAAAAAAUAUGAUUUUCAGGUUAAGCGCAGUUGGCGCAAAGUGCAAGGACCGGCAUAAGGAUCCCAGUUCGAGCCCCCAGCUCUCCACCUGCAGGGGAGUCACUUCACAGGCAGU